GCGCUUCCAGGGCAGAGGCGCUGCGACGCUGGCUUCUGCGCUCGCUCAGCGGUCCUCCUGCUCCUCCUGCUCUUCACACUCCUUUUUCUCCUCCCCUUGCCCUCAGCUACCGCUCCUGCAGCCGGCUCCUCCUCUGCCUCCCUCCCCUGCUUCUCGCGCUCUCCUCGCUAACUUUCCCGAGGCCCUGCCGGCGGCGCAGAGCUCCCCGGCAGCUUGGGGCCCACUGCGGACCGCGGGCUGCCUGCUCGGCUGUGCCCCUAUCCCAUCCCCGCACCACUGGCGCGCUCCGGAGAGAACGGAAUGAUGCCCGGGGCUGGGGACCGAGGCGUAGUCCGGGCGAGAUGGCUGGGCGCUGGGAUAUUGGGUUUCUUCAUGCUCCCUGUGUCGCUGUCGCUGGAGGUAUCUGUGGGAAAGGCCACUGACCUGUACGCUGUCAACGGCACGGAGAUCCUGCUGCCCUGCACCUUCUCCAGCUGUUUUGGCUUCCAUGACCUUGGCUUUUGGUGGUCCUACAACAGCAGUGAUACAUUCAAGAUUCUCAUCAACGGGACUGUGAAGACUGAGAAAUCUGACCCCAAAGUGCAUUUGAAAAUUGAUGACCGCAUCUCUCUGGAGGGCUCCACCAAGGAGAAGAUGAACAACCUUUCCAUUCUGCUGAAGGACCUGGAUUUCAGUGACACGGGCAAAUACACCUGUCACGUGAAGAAUCCCAAGGAGAAAGAUCUUCAGCAUCAGGCCACCAUCUUCCUCCACGUGGUUGAUAAACUGGAAGAAGUGGACAACACGGUGACGCUUAUCAUCCUGGCUGUCGUGGGCGGGGUCAUUGGACUCCUUAUCUUCAUCCUGCUGGUCAAGAAACUCAUCACCUUUAUCCUCAAGAAGACUCAGGAACAGAAGAAGGAGUGCCUUGUAAGUUCCUCAGGGAAUGACAAUACUGAGAAUGGGUUGCCGGGCUCCAAGGCAGAAGAGAAACCACCAACAAAGGUGUGAGCCCCAGCUUGGGGCCAAGCAGCCACGGAGAGCCUCACUUUCUGAUGAUGAAACAUGCUUGAGCCGUGUCUGUGAACCCACGUGCCUGAGACAUCUGCUGCUUGGCUGAAACUGUAGUUUUUCUGAGCGGGGAGAAAAUGGGGUCUUGUCCAGCCUGCCACCUCCCUUCCCCAGCCAGGGCUUCCCAGGGAUAAGGGUUGGUGGGGGGUGGACAGGCAGUGGAAUGUUCAGGAAAGAAAAGAAAGGGCUCAGAGGGUGGAGGGUCUGUCCCCCCAACACCUAGGUAGGUGGUUCUCCUUAAGUCUCUCCGCCCUAUAAGAACAAUGCCUGGGUUUUCCUCCAGAUUUCUCUUCUAGAGAGACUUGGGGGACCAGUGAGGGCUGCCCCAGUAGCUGGGACCUGUGUGUGGAGUACUAAUCUUUGUGAUGGUGGGAGUGGCCUAGAGGGCCCUGUGCAGGAUCUGAAGGUGGGAGGCUACUGGAGGGGGGCCUACAGUGAGAGGCUUUGAUGGAUUCCUGGCCCCCCAUGUUCCUCUGGUGAGGCACUUCUCCUUAUCCCCCUGACGGCAGGGUGCUUCCCUGCCUUGGGCCCACAACCCCUACUCUCCCCACCCGUGCUGCUCUGGACCCUGAAACCUCUUAACUGGGGCUCACUGCUUUGGUGUUGGGGGGGUCCUGGCCCACCUAGCCUGCUCCUCUGAUAUCUUGGUUCCUGAGAGGCUCAUGAAGGGGCCUCCUGGGCCUUUCUGAAGCACUGGGGUGCUGCCUACCCCUUCCCUAGCAUUUCAGAGCUGCGGAGGAGGGAGAGCCAGUGUCCUGGGCCUUGUGGUUACUGGAAUGCCUACUCCAGCCCUCCUACUGCUGGCCACCAUUUUCCUUGGCAUGGCAGGACCAUUGCCACUCCUGGGAACUCCCAAGUCUGGUUCUGCCCUGCUCUUUCCCUGACAUGACAGAUGGCAUCAUCUUGCUUGAGAUGUUACACCUUCCCCUCCUGCUGGCUUGCUCCUCCUGUGGCCUCUGCCACACCUUCUCCCCUGGCCCAGGGUUGCCCUGACCCAGUGUUGUUUCCAACCCUGGGUUAAGGGCUUGCCUUCAACUCAGGGAUUCUCUUCCUUUGGAUGAGAGGGCCCUUGGGUUUUCUGGCUGCUUCCUGCCCAGCUAUGCCACCCUCUCUUCCAUCCUAGGAUAGGGGAGGAGCAGGGAGAGAGUGCCGCAGGCUUCCUUUGCUUUUCCAAGAACUGGUUUACACACCUCUGUGUGGGGGGCUAGACUGUGCCUUAGCUCCUGGGUCCUAGCUCCCUCCCUCCCUCUUCAGCCCAUACAUAGCAGCCACCUCUGGGGUGGCACUGGUGAGGGGUCUCCAGUGGCCCUCACCCAGGGUCAUGCAGUGGACCAGGGAGCUGGAGUUGUGUCACCAGUGGCUCCAAGACUCAGUCGGUCAGUGACUGAGUCUUGGAGACACCUGCCAAGUACUCCCAUGGGGGUCCCUGACAAAGGAUGUAGUAAUUUUGGGAGUGGGCCCUCCUGAUGGAAGCCCCCUUGUGUUGUCCCUGUGGAGUAGAAAUGGAGAAGUGAGAGAUAGCCUGGAGCUCUGAUAAUGAGGGUCUCUACCAUCUGCUCCCUCGUUCUCUUACUGAAUUUCUGAGACUUGUUCUCUGGGCCCCUGGGAGGGAUGGGGGAGUAGCCCCUUCACCAGAGUGUACGGAUGCUGCCUCAGGGCUCCUCCUUCCAAAAAGCAGCAGCAAGCUUCCACAAGGGUGGAGAUGGGGGGAGAAUGUGAAUCGGCAGCACCUGCGGGCACCAGGACUGUGGCCGGUGGCCUGUGCUUAACCUAUGUGUCCAUAAGGUCCUAUUCUGAUCUGCCUUUGUCCCUUCUGCACUUUUGCACCCAGAACUCAGCCUGGGCUCUGGUUCAGAUUUUCCUGGUUUUGGGAACAGACAGACCAGAGCCACUAGCUAUUCAGAAAAAUUUUAUACCUACCAUCAUGCAAAACUGCUUUCUCUCUUCCCAGCUUCAGCAUUUGGUUGGGCAAUGUCUUGGGCUCCCCUUACUGAGGAAAGGCAUAUUUGAGAGGCGGCCCAGGCACAGAGAGCUGGGAGAGGGGGCUCAUCAUCCUUUCCACUCUUGCCUCUAUUGCUGCCUAGUAAGUGGGUCAUGCAUCUUCUCAGGGCUCAGCUUUUUCCCCAUCUGUAAAAUGGGUGUAAUACUACCUACCUCACAGGAUUGUUGUGAGGCUUGGCAGAUUUUUGUUUAAAAAAGUUUUUGGACUUCGACAGGGAUCUAGGAGGCCAGCCAGGUAUUACAAUUGGCGGGAUGGUUCCAAGUUUGUCCCGUCCUCUUCUCUGCGUCACAUCCCUGUAACUUUCUCUCUCUCUCCCUCCUCCCCCCACCUCCCCCACCUCUCUCCAUUUCUUCCUCUCUUCUUACUUUCCCUCCUUGGAAUUAGGAAUUGUUUUAGUCUCUGUGAUGUUAGAGACCUUGGCUCUGAUGCUUAAAGCUUCUUGUCCAUGGCUUUUGGUUAGUGGCUUUCGAGAGGUGAUUGAGACUGUAGGGGUCACUUUUAGUUGCCCCAAUGCCUGGGAUUGUCUACUGGCACUUUGUAAGUGGGGACUAAGAAAUCUAAGUUAAGUCCCCACAACAAAGAAUUGUCCUGCUCCAAUCCUGGGAUUAUACCCAUAGAGAAACACUGACAUCGAUUUGAAGUAGAACACAAAGCCACUUCGCCAUGCAGACCUUCUGUGUAUGCCGGUCUCCAAGGUAAUGUCCAGGGCUGGUGAGGGUGUUUUCAGGACUUGUGGGCUAGACAGAACGAUUUAUGAAGUGGGUCUUGGGAGCCCUGGACACAUGCAGCUAUGCCGACUGUAAAGUGAAUGAGGCCAAAGACAAAGUCUUUCUCAGAUUCCCAUCCUUGACCUCAAAACAGGGCCUCAGCAUUCCAGGCUUUGGGUUUCUCCUCAUGUAAAAAUUGAGCAGAAGGCAGCCAGAAUGAACCUGUGAUGCUAGAGAGGCCUGGGAGAGCAGCCGAUGGAGCUCAGACUUUUCACAUCCAGCUGGUUCACCAGAGCUGGAGGUGAAGUAAAGGUGUGAGAGUAUAUUCCUGAGAUGGUGACAGGUGAGGGUGUGCUUGGUAGGCAGGUCAUGCAUCUUCUCUGGGCUCAGCUUUCUGUAUAUAUAAAAUGGAGGGGCAUGGAAUGUGCACGUGGAAAUGUAUGACUGCAGAGUGGGCAGGCUCCGCAGGGACGGGAUGUGUGAAAGCUAAGCGUGUCCGAAUUGGGAAGACACUUCAGGAGCUACUUCCCUGGCCUCAGCUAUACCUGUUGGGGCACCUGGAGGCUGGGAAAGGCCAAGAAACAGAGGGGAAGACCAGCCGUACUCCUGGGCUCCAUAACUCCAUGGCUCCAUCGUACUGUCACAGACAGCUGCCGUCAGAGGACCGAGGCAGGGCUGGGGAGGGGGUGGCAGAAGAGGAAGCGCUUCUCUGGAAAAAUCUGUAGCUUGCUUUACUUUACCUUGUCCCAGGUUGGAGUCCCUACCCUCUCACAUCCUACCUGAUAUGCAGUGCUUUGGACUACUUUAUGCAUGCUUUAUUCCUCUGGAUUGGAUGACAACAAUAUCCACAGUCAAUUUCCUAUAUAACUAUAGAUCAAAGUGAUGCAGCAGGGGGCCUUGGGAGGCCUCAAGUCCAAGUGCCUCCGGGGCGGGGGGCACAGCUGUGCACAAAAAUUCAGCACUUACUUUUGUUCAAGCACAGAAUGGCUGUGAUCAGACUGUCUUACCUUUACAACAUUUUUGCAUUGCAGACUUUUUAUUUAGCUUUGCUUUGGAUGAAAUAAAAAUUACAUUGAAUAGACA